UUUCAUUCUUCGCUAAAGUGAUUUUAAUUUUCCUAUACUAUUAGAGAGAGAUGCCGGCAGUUCGUAGGCAUUCGUAGGUCAUUUAUGUUCAGUGUUUAAAAAACAUGUGUUGACGAGAACUGCAUAUAAUUAAGCGUCGUAACGCUUAAUUAUCCGAGAAUGGAGAAACUCUGUCCAGUGUGUAAAAAGAAUGGUGUUAGGAGAAGAAUCAAGGCAUUUCAGAUUAAUCUAGAAGAAGCGGUGUGGUGCUGUGAGGCGGAAGAAUGCAGCUGGCCGGUUGGUUACGAGGAAUUGACAUUCUUUCCUAGAGAAGCUUUCUCCUGCAACUGGGAGGAAUCAAGUUUCGCUAAAGAGGAAAUUCCUGUACCAAUGGAACUUACACUUUAUACACCACCUGUAACUCCUGGAAGCGAACUUACCAAAGAAUUGAACGAGAUAACAAGUGCUGAAUAUUCAUCAUGUCCUACAAUGAAAGAUAAAAUUGAAACAGUGCCUGAAUGUGAAUUCAUUACCUCAACAAAGGAAUCUACUGAUUCUAAUAAAUCAUCACUAUUUGAACCACUUGAAUUAGCAGGCAUUAACUCUAAAGAAAGCAUAAACAUUAUGAACAAACGGAUCGUAGGUGUUAGAAAACUGCCCAAGAUUAUUAACAUCGAAAAGACUAAUAUUAAUCUUAAGAUUUGUUCUAAUAUUGAUAACAAUUGUGAUAAUAGAGAACUACAGGAACAUAAUUCGUUCAUGAAUACAAACGUAAUGGAUACUUCCAAGAAUUUCGGUAUAUCUAAUAAUAGGUGUACAAAGUUUGGUUUAAGUCAGCAGUACAGUACCACAAACGAACAUAAUGAAAACAGUAAAUUGCAAUUGGAUGCAACAGUGAAUGAGGUAAAAACAGAUGUUGGUGCAGAGACACUAUCGAAAGCUAUGAACACAUUAGCUGUCCUAGAUACUACAAUUAACUUAGAUACAACAAACCAGUCUACAGAGAAUACUUCGAACAGCGAUAUAGAGACACUAUUGGAAAAUAUUCUUAACAAUGAAAACAAUUUACCUAUAAUCUUAAAUGAUGAUUGGUUAAAUAUGUUGGGGAGCUGAUGACAGUAACUUACAUUUAUUAUUAUUAUUUAAUAGCUUGUAUUGAACAAAGACUGAAAGAUAUGACGACGGAGAUCAGAUUGUAAGUUACAAUUGAUCUUUAUGAAAUGUGAUAAUAGAAUGGCGUUUAAUCGUAAUGAAGUUAUUAUAAGAAAUUAUCAUAAAAAAUA